AUGUAUCUCCGGCGUGCCCAAAUCUCGCAAUUAUACACCGCCCUACUCCAAACCACCCACCCGCUCUCCCCGCCCGUCCUGAUCUUGACGGCUCUCACGGUCGAUAGCUUAUGCGCCACACGCAUUUUGACGGCUCUCUUGAGGCGAGACUACAUCCCGCACAAAGUGCAGCCGGUCGCUGGCUACAAUGACGUGCAGCGAGUAGGGCAAGAGCUGGUGUUGCCUCUCACGCGACAACGCGGGGGUGAGGGAGGCGUGGUGGUGUGCCUCGGUGUCGGCGGGCUCGUGGACGUGGAAGAAGUUCUCGGCCUCGACGAUCCUAAUGCUGAAGAUGGAGGCCACGUGCGAGAUCAUGGAGUUGAGGUCUGGCUCAUUGACGCCAGACGGCCGUGGAACUUGCAGAAUGUUUUUGGCUCGGGAGCCUCGCUCGACCCUGCGAAUGAAGAAGGUGCAGUUGCGGCGAAACGAGGGGUCGAUGCGGGGCAGCUCCUGCCUACAUACCGGCCGGGCAGAGGCGGAGUGAUCGUCUGGGAUGAUGGCGAUAUCGAAGCCGAGCUGGCUGUAGAGAAGGAGGCAUUCAUGGAAUUGCAGAAGAUGCCGGAGAUCACCGAGGACGACCUAAUGCUUGAGGAGCGGGAUAGUCAACGCGAAGACCAAGAUGAACCCCCGGACUCUAGCGGCAGUGACUCUCGUAAACGGAAAGCCUCUAGCCAGGAAAGCGACGACGAGGCUGAGGACAGUGACGAAGAGCGACCGCGUCAACGACGUCGAAGCAACAGUAGCACACCGAUCCCGUCGUCGCCUGGAGGCAAUCCCUUUUCGGCUCAGGUGCUAAGAUCAUCGACACCGCCAACAUCCUCGCAGCCCCAAUCACCUGCUACGAUGCCCUCAUCUCCACCGAAGCAGCCUUCGCAGCGACAGCUGAAACGCCAAUUGCUCAAAUUCCGACGCAAGCAUGAGGCCACGCUGGAAGCCUAUCACAAUCUUGGCACAUCGUACGCGGAACCGGUCAGCAGUAUCUUGUACUCACUUGCAUCUGAACUGGGACGAGAAGACAACGAUUUGCUGUGGCUGGCUAUCGUCGGUAUCUCCUCCAUCGACCUCUCGCCCCUGUCACAGCCCACAUCCUCCACCAGAGAUAGCAAGGGCCAACGGACCAUGGAUCGCGCUGAGCAGAUACGGGAAGUGCUCCGCGAUGAAGUGCGCCGUCUCAAUCCCAUACCCGAGAUUGAGCUUCGGCGAAGCCAGAGUGCGGGCGAGAACAUCAUCCCCACGCACGCGAGGUCUGCCACCGACACUGCCAUCCGCCUGUCGCCGGAGCCCAAGUUUCUACUCAUCCGACAUUGGAGCUUGUAUGACAGCAUGCUGCACAGUCCCUUCCUGUCCACUCGUCUACACGUGUGGAGCGAUGCGGGCCGGAAGCGAUUGAACAAGCUCCUUGCGAAGAUGGGUGUCAGUCUGCAGGAAGCGGGCAAGGGCUAUGUGCACAUGGACAUGGAGAUCAAACGCUCCCUGCGCCAGCGCAUUUUGAAGUUUGCCGAGAUGUACAAUCUCGAGGGUCUCGUGCCGGGGGAUGAUGGGAGAUCUGGCAAAGAGGGCUGGGGCUUCGUGCGCAGCUGGGGAUGGAAGGCCACGCUGUCGGCUGUCGAUGUGGCGAUGACCGUCAGCGCCAUCUUGGAAGUGGGGACGGGAAGUAUAGGCAGCGGAUGGGACAUGAAGUUCGAUUCAGGCCGUGGCCCUGCGACUUACAACAGCAGAAUGCGGGCCUUGCCAACGCCACCGCAUUCCGAGGAUGGAAGCUCUCAGAUGGAAGGCCAAGCGUCCGGCGCGGCCGACGCGCCCGACUGGACGACGUUUCGAUUCUUCGCUGCCUACGAUGCCCUAAGCCCGAUCACGACUUCGUCUACGCAAGGAUUGAGCGUGCUGCUCAAUUACAUCCCGACGGCGCAGAAUCUGCACCGUGCCAUUCUGCGCACGGGCUCGGCGUUGAUCGCUAAGAAACAGAUCCGCCACCUGCGAGCCUUCCGAAUGGGCGUGGUCAAGGAGGGGCCCGACGUGCCCACGUUCACUCACCCGGGCGCCCUUACGCAGCUCGCAGGUUGGGUUUCGGAGGCAGUUGCCGUGCUCGAUGCGGAAAAGGGCAGCAGUCGCAAGGCGGCCGCAGACCAGGCUCUCGUCCUGGGAUGCAUGGACGAGGCGCGAGGGGAGAGGGAGGAGAAGAGAAAGCGAAAGCAAGCGGCACGAGCGGCGAAGCAAGCGGAGAGAGCGAGGAAGCGGGAGGAGCGCCGGCGCAUUCGACGGGAGAUUCAGGAAGCCAACGGGCUGAUUGACAGCGAUGACGAGGACGGCAGCGACAGCGACUCGACCGAGUCUGCCAGCUCGGCGUCGAGUGAUGGCUCUGACUCGGAGUCGGACGAUGAGCUUGCGGAUGCGAGGAAACGGAGGGGAUAUGGGGCGAAUCGCUUUGGGCAGGCGUUCCAGGAGGUGGUGGAGGAGACGGGGGCGCGGGUGCGCAUUGAUUCGUUUGAGCAUAGCGUUGUGGAGGUGAAGAAGGAGGACUUGGCGGGGUUUCUGGAGGCACUGUCACUCAAGAGUGUGGUUGGGUAG